AUGGCAAAGAAACGUUCAAUUCGUGCUCCCACCACGUCCAGUCUACCGAGCAAUCUCCGCAUCUCAAGCAACACACCGUCAUUGGUGAAAGCUCUCGGCAGGUUAUCACGACAGUCGCUCCUAGACCUUAUUGUCAUCUGGCUCUCUCCCAAGAAUGUCGAAUUAUAUCCCCCUUUCCUCAGUCAGAGCUCAACCGGUAAUGACGUUCCCGACCAAGACGAAUCGCCUUACGCAGCGGCCGAUAGUGUCGAAGAGAUUCGUGAGGCAUACGCGGAGUUCGGACUACGAAAAGGCGGGAAGAGAGAAGUUAUCGACCGGGUGUUGGAAGGCGACUGGCGACAUGGAAUAACUCUUGGUCAAUUAGCAAUGGUCGACAUACAAUACUUAGAAGAUCAUCCCAAAGGGCAGACGUGGUCUGCGUUUCGUCUUGGGCUGGUCGACAAGACGCAACAGCCUGACAAAGAAGAAGAUGGUGAUCUACUUGCCUGUCUUCCGCGACUACAUGCUGCGACUUUCUUGUCGAAUCUUCAACGAGAAAUUGCGCCCCUGGUCAAGGCGCAUUAUCAUCUAGCUCGAUCAAAAGCUUACCCACUGAUUUAUUUACGAAUCUUCAUUACCGAUUCGCCAUAUAAUCAGCCCCGACAUAGCGCAGGGACAUAUUUGGAUUCUGCAAGAACCCUAUACAUUGCGUUCCCCGACAGCAGCCCCUACGUAUACACAUCUAUGUCAGCCCCUACAAGCGCCAAAACCGGUCCAUCCACAGCCCCUCUUACAAACGACCCUCGAGCGCUACGAGGCAUAGUCAGAGACGCCCUCCCAAAAGCUCUAUCAAAACCCAACGAGCGAUAUAAACUAGAAGCAACUGCAUUAACAGCCAAAAGCCUCGAAACGAUGCUCGCACUGCGCGGAGCGGGCAAAGCAAACGAGGCCAAUGGCGCGUUUAGCAUUUUUGCCGAUGCGGUUCUUGAAGGUACGCCGAUUGAUCCGCGACAGGCUGCGACAGUAGCUCCGGAGGAGUUUCUCGCCAGUGAGGAUAAGGAGAAUGCACCAUCGGAUCAGCAAAACACGAAACGAAAGGGGAGUGAUACAAACGCAAUGGCAGCAUCGCCUGCAACAAAAAGACGUAAAUUGGCCGUGCUAUCUCGAUUCGGCACAUCGGGAACAUCGUCUUCUCAAGCACUGCUCAACCGCUUGGACAUUCGUCUUUUGGACCGGCCAGGCGAUGACGAGGAUCAUGUCAAUGAUGAGGAUUCUGAUGCUGGCGACGGUCAGUACACCAUGUCACUUUCUUUCGCGGGGAAUAAUGUCGUCGCGGGGUUUCGCAAACUGGCAGAAUUAGGGGUCGUAGAUCCUAUUCGCAUGCCUUCGUGGAUGACCGGCGAGGAAGGCCGCAUCGUCGCAAUCAUGCCUCCGUUCACUCCAAGUCCGUAUCGCGCAAGAAAACGCUUCCUCGAAGAUGGGCAUGACAACAGCCCCAAAAAGCGGCGCACGCUACAACCAACGUCUACAUACACACCACAGAAUACCUACGGGAGCGAAGUAAUCGAUCUAACGCGCGAUUCGCCUGAGCCUUACACUCUGCCACCGAUUUCACCCAGUGCCAAGGCAAAGAAAUCACCGAAGACUCCUCGCUCAAGCCAGUCGAGUCAGUACAAUGUCGAAAAACGGCGAAGAAAGUUUAGGUCUGGGCCGCCGCGGUCGUAUUUGGAGAAAUUGCAUCGUGCGACUACACAACGGAUGUUUGUGAUUUCUCGCCGUCGUUCCGAGAAUGGAGACAUUACUGAAGAAAACGUGGACAUUGUGGGCACAACGGGGAAUAUUUACACAGUGACUGUUUCGUAUGAGCCGUCGUGCACAUGCCCCGACGCAAGGAAGGGGAAUCAGUGCAAGCAUAUCGUCUAUGUUCUUGUCAACGUACUCAAAGCUCGUGAUGACCUCAGGUACCAACUGGCGUUUCUCUCUACUGAACUACGCGAAUUGUUCGAAAACGCUCCCAUCGAAACCGAAGAAGCGCACGCAGACAAGGACAGCGACAGCGACACCUCAGGAAAACGCAAACCAAUCGAGGGCGACUGUCCAAUUUGUUUCAUGGAAUUCGAACCUCUCAAGGAGAAAAUCGUCUGGUGCAAGGUCGGAUGCGGAAACAACAUUCACAAGACCUGUUUCGAUCAAUGGGUUGCUACUACACGCAACCAGGGGGUUCGCUGUGUUUUAUGUCGGACGGACUGGCCUGCGGACGCAGAUGCGCCACUUGACAGGACAUCGCUCCUGGGCACGGCGCGCAAGGGUGCAGACGGCUAUAUGAAUGUCGCGGGUGCGGUUGGCUUAUCUGGCAAUCGCGACUAUUCGACUUAUCACAGAUUUUGGGUUAAUCGUCAUUUGGGACGGCAGCGUAGAGGUGGUCAUACCGAUAAAAUGGCACGACCCCGUGCUCAUUCCGGAGCCGAUGGACCCAAGGAACCUCAUUCCGUAUCUCUAAAAGUUCUACGACUAUCGCGCCCUUCACUAUCAUAUCAAUACCCGCUCGCACGAGAAGACACGAGGAUAUCCCCCAAAGCAUCGCUGGCUUAUCCCACCAACGAGUUUGAUCCUCAUUUCAUUCUUAGUCCGAACGUCACGCUCCCACCAGCUUUUGGGUCUGCCUAUGUAGGCGAAACAUUCGCCUGUUCGCUAUGCGCCAACAACGAACUGCCGACGACAGACAGCACGAAAAGAGUAACCUCUGUGCGUAUCCUGGCCGAGAUGCAGACCCCGUCUCAAGUAUUCCCUCUAGAUCUAAAACCAGCCGAGUCAGAUGACGACAACAUGAUCAAGUCUGCAGGAGAGGGAUUAGACUACGGCCAGUCGCUGCAAAAAAUUGUCCGGUUUGAUCUCAAAGAGGAAGGGAAUCACGUCCUGGCUGUCAGCGUCAGUUACACCGAGACUCUACUAGCCGAUACGCACGACGGCCUGGCGACGACGCAUGCGGCGAGCGGUGGUAGGGUCAGGACGUUUCGCAAGUUGUAUCAGUUCAUUGCGCAGCCGUGUCUGAGUGUGCGCACGAAGGCAUCGGAGUUGACGCCUGCGGAAGUAGAUAAUAAGUCUCUAGGGCCGUAUGGGAAGACACGGCUGUUGAGGUUUGCGCUGGAAGCGCAGUUGGAGAAUGUGGGUGAUGGAACGGUUGUUAUCGAGAAAACGAACCUGAACCCAAAGCCACCCUUCAAAUCCACAAGUCUCAACUGGGACGUCCAACAACUUCCCGAAAAUGAAAAUGAAAAUGCGCAACAACCAACCAUGAACCCUCGCGAUAUUCUACAAGUCGCGUUCCUGGUCGAGCAGGAAGUCGGUCAACAGGAUGGAAUGGAUACGUUACUCAAAGACCUAAAGAAGGAUGGAAGGGCGACGUUGGGACAGCUUUCGAUUGAGUGGCGGAGCGCGAUGGGGGAUAGAGGGUUUUUGACGACGGGGAAUUUGUUGACUAAGAAGCGGUAG